CUUUCUAUAAAUAAUCACUCAUAACACUCGAAAUAGUUAUUAUGACACACAAAAUGGCAUCCUCUCGUCCUUACAUUAUCACCUCCUUCUUCAUUCUCUUUUUUCUCACUAGCUCUCUCCAUUUGGCUGAGGCUGCUUCAAACUUACGUCCUUCAGAUUGCAAACCGAAAUGCAAUUAUCGAUGCUCAGCGACGUCGCACAGGAAGCCAUGCAUGUUCUUCUGCCAAAAAUGUUGUGCAAAAUGCCUGUGUGUGCCUCCAGGGACCUAUGGCAACAAGCAAGUUUGUCCUUGCUACAAUAACUGGAAGACUCAGCAAGGAGGCCCCAAAUGCCCUUGAGGAAAAUAAUAGAGCUUUUUCCUACCCUUCAGUCUUAUUUUCUCUUAGGAAGAUUUCAUUAGAUAUAUUUAGUUCCUGAUUUUAGCUUCUCCUUUAUUCUCUCUUUUUUAAUUUUUUUGGCUUUUAUUUUCUUCCUUUAGGAGAACAAUGUUUGUAGUAUCAAAUUUGACCGUUAUAUAUGUCAAU